AUGGAAGAAAUGUCUCAAAACAAAAAUGAAAGCUCUGAAUUUAAGAAACCCGUGCUAUUUGGACGUAUUGGCAAACUUCCCAAAAAGGCCAAAGUUGAAACUGGUAAAGUAGUUGAAGAAGAAACAGAAGAAGUUGAUACGAUACCAUCGGAAUCUAAUCCUAAGACUUCUCUUCCACCUGCGGUUCUUUUAAGAGAGCUUUCGACACCUAUACCUUAUAAAGAACCUAAAUGGUCAGGAAUUUGCCCUGACGGAUCAGAGUAUGCUCUAGAAGUACUAAAGUCAGGUAUGAUUGUAGAGAAAAUUGAAUUAACCAACAAACCAUUUUAUGUUUUUGGGAGGUUAGCAAAUUGUGAUGUUGUUAUGGCACAUCCAACUAUUUCAAGACAUCAUUCAGUUCUCCAAUAUAAAGCUUUUGCUGAUGAGGGUGAACCUCCAUGUGGCUGGUAUCUGUAUGACCUUGGUAGCACUCACGGCACAUUUCUUAAUCGCGAGCGUCUAAAAGAAAAGCAUUAUAGCAGAGUUAGAGUUGGUCAUCAAAUUAAGUUUGGGAACAGCACCAGGACGUACAUUAUGCUAGGUCCAGACUUUGAUUGUGAGGGAGAAUCUGAGCUAACAGUGACAGAAAUAAAGCAAAAAGCUCAUGAUAUGAAGUUGGAAAGGGCAAGAAUGAUACAAGAAGCAAAGGAACAAAUGGAAAAAGAAAGGUUGGAGGAAGAGAAAAAAAGAGAAGAACAAGGGAUAGAUUGGGGAAUGGGUGAGGACGCGGAAGAGGAGCCAGACCUGGCUGAUAAUCCAUAUGCUUCUACUGUUAACGAGGAACUAUACCUAACUGACCCAAAAAAGACUCUGCGAGGAUAUUUUGAGCGGGAGGGUCAUGAGUUGACAUACAAUUGUGAAGAAAGGGGUGUGGGCCAGUUCAUUUGUAGGGUAGAGUUGCCGAUUGAUGAUGCCCGUGGGCGUCCCGUAGUAGCCGAAGUUAUUCAUCGCGGCAAGAAAAAAGAGGCGGUGAUCGCUUGCGCGCUUGAGGCUUGCCGAAUUCUCGAUAGGGCUGGCUUGUUGAGACAAUCGAAGCAUGAAUCGCGUCGGCGCAAGGAGCGCGACUGGAGCGCCGAUGAUUAUUACGAUUCGGAUGACGACUCGUUUUUGGACAGGACUGGCCACGUGGAGAGGAAACGGAAGCUGCGCAUGAUGAAGCUUGGUGCGGCCGAAGAGCAGAACGACAAACCACUCACUUACAAUGAUUUGCUUAAGAAAAUAGAAGAGAUAGAGGAUAAAAUAAUUGAAGAAGAGAAGUCUCUGGAACGUCUGCGUGGCGCUAGUGCUCCGCAGCAGGGAAACUGCGACGAGGCUGAUGCGCUCGAUGCUUACAUGAGCGAGCUUACCUCGAAAAGACCGGCUAUGGCCGUCAAAGCCGAUAUCUCUAAAGCUAAGAUGAGUAUACAAAAACUGAAGGCAGAACUAGCUAAAACGCAUAGGCUAGCUGAGAUAGCGCGGCCUGCUGACGCGCCGCCCCUCAUAAAGAAGGACGACAAGAAAAUGACGUUGAAGGUUGGAUCCAAUGCCGUCGUCUAUGGGAAAAGGUUAAAACUAAAGGAUGACAUUGAAAAACGGCCAAGAGUAAGACAUGAUGUAAAGAAGGAGGAAGGUGAGUUUGUAGAAGAAAUGGACUCUGAUGAAGAAACGGAAGAAUUGCCAACAAAUGCACCGAUUGAUCAAUCAAAUGAAAAGGUUGUUAUGUCAGAGAGUGAAACUGUAAGACAUGUAAAAGAUGAAAAGCAUAAUAUAGCGAGAACAGAAAAAACACGAGAAACAGUAAAAGAAAAUGAAGAAGCAGAAGUUAAACGGGUAUUCGGUCCAAUGCGACCGCCAGAAGAUUAUGUGGUGCCAGAAGGGUACUUUGAUCAAGAAACAGACAGAGAUUUGCCUGAAAUCGAAGAGAAGGAGUAG